CAAUCUCAGCAACAUCAAAACAUUAACUCUCUUUCGGGCAAUUAGAUGGGAAUAUCAACUUUUUGCCAUGUAACUUAUCAGUGAAAGCGUCUGAAGCGAUGGCCUCUGACAUACCUAACGGGAAACAAACCCAUCAGGAGACUAAAGAAGCUACUAAUAUACCAGAUUUAAAUGGAAAUGAUCCUAUAACUCCAAGCACAUUUGUUGCAAACGGAAAUAAUGCAAGCUCCGGCUCGGUUUUGUUAGAUUUUCAAGCGGUUGGCCCACAUUCCAUGAAGAUGAUUGCUGAACAAAGUGACAGAGAGGGACUAAAUGUUGUUCUGCCUGAUUCUGGUGCAACCAUUCUGCCUCUAACAAUACCAAACAUUGUUUCAUUUGCAUCUGAAAGUAAGCCAGGUCAGAAGAAGAGAAGGAAGCCAAAAACACAAUCUGGCCUUCCGAGCCCUAUGCCCUCUUCAUACAUACCCGAUCUAAACGUAACUGGAGCAGAACCCAACACAUCAAUAAAAGAUUUGCAGGAGGCAAACGGUUUUCCGUAUGCUGAAAAACCUGCUCGGAAGAGGAGGAAGAAAGGAGAGGUUAUUUUAGGCACUCCAAAUAUGAUUUUAAAUUAUAAUGGAGCAGGGGCAAGUGGAAAAGCCCCUGCAACCACUCUUCUCUUGACAUUCACCCCUGGUGCUUCCACGCCUUCAAAAGAAGUUUUGGUUGCAACAUUUUCCAGGUUUGGAUCCUUGAAGGAGUCAGAGCUUCAGAUAUUGAAAGAUUCUUGUAGUGCCCGGGCUAUCUUUAGGCGAAGUGAUGAUGCUGCCAAAGCAUUGCGGAGUUUAGAGGAGAGCAAUCCUUUCGGUGCAACCCAUACAAAAUAUCACCUUCAGAAUGACACUAUCGUAACUACUAAACGCACGUAGGGAUUCCGAUUGCCUGCAAAUCUUACUAGUCCGGUGUCGGUGCCUCACUUUGGGGAUGCACCUCCUAAUAUUGAUUUUAUGAGACAGAAUCUUGAGAUGAUGACAUCAAUGCUUGAGAAAUCCGGGGAUAAUCUGCCUCCAGGGACGAAGGCAAAGCUUGAGAACGAGAUUAAGGGACUACUGAAGAAGGUCGAUUCUUGUCCUGGUUCCUCUAUCUAGA